GUGGAUUGGAGCCGGGAGAGAGAAAACUCUGUUACUCACUCCGUCUCCAACUUUGAGAGGAAGUUACCACCUCUUCCCUCAGACUCUGUACACACACUCUCAGGGCAGACACACACACAUACACACACACACACACACACACGCUCUCUCUCUCUCUCUUCAGGACUUGACCACAGCAGCAACAGGGAAUCAACUGAAACAGUCAGGACUGCUUGUAAUGCUGCGUUUCUUUUUUUCAAAAUUUGGAGGGAAAGUCGGAUGAAAUUUGCAAUUUUUGCCUGAAGCUUUCUCUGAAGGACUGAACCGUUUCUGAUCAUCACAGACCGCCAGAGGACCAAAGAUCACAGGCCCUGAUCCAACAGCAAGGGAGAGAAAGAGAGAGGAGCGUGAAUCCAUUCUCCAAAUUCUCAUUUCACUAUGAGCUGGGACUGAGGCGUGCUCCAAAGUUUUUUUCCAAAGUGGUGUAAAGAAAGCAAAGUCAAAGAUCAACAUGGAUGUAAAGAAAAAAGAAAUGGACCUCCUGAGUAACAGCAUAGCCGCGUAUGCACACAUCAAAGCAAACCCUGAGAGCUUUGGCCUUUACUUUGUGCUUGGAGUGUGCUUCGGCCUGGUGCUGACGCUGUGCCUCCUGGUCAUCCGCAUCUCCUGCAAGCCGCGGACCAACGUCGCCCCUUCCACGCCUGAGAAAAAACACUUAAAGGACAUCAGUGAGGAGGAGGAGGAGGAGAGCGAGGAUGACGAAGACGAAGAUGUGGAAGAUGUAGAAGCACCUGUGGUUUUGCCCAGCACAGAAAUCCCUGUCGGUAAUCACACCAGCCAAUCAGAUGGGACACUGAGUGUGAACGUAUUCACUUCAGCUGAGGAGCUGGAGCGGGCACAGCGACUGGAGGAGAGGGAACGUAUCAUACGUGAGAUCUGGAGGAAUGGUCAGCCUGAUAUCCUGGGAUCAGGAACAGGGACUAUUGGAAGAGUGCAUUACUACUAAGAAACACAAGGCUUUAAGGGAAACACUGUGAGACCUUUGGGUGGGCCCGAUGUCCCUAUAGCCUGUGAGACUUGAAAGCCUGUGCUUGAUACAAUGCUGGCAACAGGACAACAGUGAUGUGACGCAUUGAUACGCCAAUACUUGGCUUUGACUGAGCUGAACUAUGUGAUAUUGCACUUCGUAUGUACCUAUUUUUUUUUCAACUGACUACAUGAAAUUAAACCAAGAAGUCUCUUGAAGGCUGAUUAAUCAAUAUGGAAAGAAUGCAGUAUGAAUGUGGGAGCUGAUGGACACUUGAAGUAAUCAGUCCAUUCAAAUGUAUGGCGCUUAAUGACUAAAAUGCACACAACAACUAGGUUAAUGUAUGUAAUAAGUGAAAAAUGAAAGCAUAUGUAAGAACAAUGUAUGUACUGUAUGUUGCAGUGAAGAUUAUUUGUUCCUCCUCUGGAGUUUGUGGGAAAAACUAAAAGAAAAACAGCUCUUGAAAUUUCUCAGAGACAACACUGAGUACUGUUAGAGGAAAUGACAUUGUUUGAACAAGCACAACCAGUAUGGGGAGUGGGGGGGUCACAUUACACAUGCAGUAUAAUGUAAAGAUGAUUAAAAUUGGAGUCUUUAAUUUAUGAGUACAUUGAAAUUGCGUCUGUGUUUUUCACCAAAGGAAAUUACAGAAUUUAAGUUUGUUUUUCUACUGCUCAGAUGUCAGAUAAAUAUACAUCCAUUCUCUCUGUGUUACCUAUAGGCCAUGGAUUUAUAAUUAUGAUGAAGACAGAGCGUGAAUUUGCUAGUAAGACUAAUGGAAAGGUCAUUCUUCAGUUGUCAUUUCUGCGCAAUGUGUUUUAAAAGGUUAUAAAUAGAGUUUCUAAUAAAACUGUCUGGAAAAACAAAAG